AUGGUGGAAAACAUAUAUUUAGUCCAGGAGAUAGUGAGGAAGUACGCAAGGAAAAGAGUGUCUCCCAGAUGCUUGUUAAAGGUGGACUUAAAAAAAGCUUAUGACAUGAUGGCCUGGAAUUUUAUCAAAGAGAUGUUGAUAAAACUAAACUUUCCUGGAAGAAUGGUAAAGUGGGUGGAGCAGUGCAUUACCACUACCAGUUAUUCUCUCUCCAUUAACGGUGGAUACUAUGGUUUCUUUAAAGGAAGAAAAGGACUAAGACAAGGAGAUCCGCUAUCACCACUCUUGUUUGUAAUUGGAAUGGAAUACCUCUCAAGAUUGCUUGUUGGGUUGGAACAAGACAGACUCUUCAGAUUUCAUCCUAGAUGUGAGCAUCUUAAAAUCUCUCAUUUAGCCUUUUCGGAUGAUCUUGUUAUGUUUUCAAGAGGUGACUCGAACUCGGUGCAGGCUUUAAUGAAGUGUCUUGAUGCUUUCUCAAAGUGUUCUGGGCUUCAUGCUAAUAAUAUGAAGUCUAACAUUCUCCAUGCGGGAAUUAAAGCUGUGGAGUUGGAACAAAUUAGAAUCUCUGAUCUUCUAUGUGGGUGGCCAUUUCAAACAAUCUCCUAUGCAGGUAAAUUGGAGCUUGUUAAUUCUGUAAUUCAAGGCAUUGAAUGCUUUUGGCUUGCCAUCUUCCCAGUACAAAAAUCUGUUCUUGAUCAUGUGGCCAAACAUGAAGAUUCUCCCUUGUGGAAAAAAUUAGUAGAUUUGAAAAAUCAUCUGAUUCAGAAUUGUGGGAGUAGCAGGGCAGCAGAGAGACAGAUUGAGCAGUGGGUUGUGGAUGGACAAAUAUCAUCAUCCGUGGCUUAUGAGUACUGGAGAAACAAAGGUAAUGAUGUCCCUUGGUUCAAAGAAGUUUGGAAGUGUGGAAGUAUUCCUAGACAUGCAUUCACCGUUUGGCUAGGAGUUAAAGGGAGGCUUCCUACGAAUGACAAAUUAAUUGGGGAUGGCAUCAAUAGAGAUUGUGUUUUCUGCAAUUCUGAGAUGGAAACUAUUGAUCAUAUUUUCUUUAAAUGUCACUUCUCAAAAGAGAUUUGGGGUCAAAUUAAGGCUUGGCUUGGCUUAAGAAGGGAAAUGUCUUCCUUAAAGGCAGCAUUAAAAUGGCUGCAUAAGGAAGCUAGAGGCACCGGGAUUCAACCAACGGGGAAGAAAAUCGGCUUGGCUGCUACGGUUUACUUAAUUUGGCACUUCAGGAAUAGGAGAAAGUUCGAAGGUAAGAUCAUAUCUCCUCCCGAACUGAUUGAUGUGAUAAAAAGGUACACUUACAGAGCUAUCUUUGAUAGAUUUAAUAUGUUUCAUAUCCUUUGA